CGGCAAUGGACCGUCCCAGCCGUGGCUGCGCUGGCUGAUGGGAGCAGGAAAAUAUGGCGGAUGUACCGGAGCCGGAGAAGAAAAGAAGGAAAGUAGAAGAGCACACUGACAAAAUGGCUGUUGAUGGUGGGUAUGGGGACACUGGAGACUGGGAAGGUCGCUGGAAUCACGUGAGGAAGUUCCUUGAGCGUUCAGGACCGCUCUCACACCCUGACUUUGAACCAAGUACUGAAUCACUCCAAUUCCUUCUAGAGACCUGUAAAGUUCUAGUUAUUGGAGCAGGAGGUUUAGGAUGUGAACUCCUUAAAAAUCUGGCUCUAAUGGGCUUCAGACAAAUUGAUGUCAUUGAUAUGGAUACAAUAGAUGUUUCUAAUCUGAACAGACAAUUUUUAUUUCGACCAAAAGAUGUAGGAAGGCCAAAAGCUGAAGUAGCUGCUGAGUUUGUUAACAAUCGAAUUCCUGGUUGCAAUGUAGUACCGCAUUUUAAAAAGAUACAAGAUUUUAGUGAAUCCUUUUACAGACAAUUUCAUAUCGUCAUUAGUGGAUUAGAUUCUAUCAUCGCCCGACGAUGGAUCAAUGGAAUGUUGAUAUCACUGCUGAACUUUGAAGAUGGAACACUAGACCCAAGCUCCAUUAUACCAUUGAUUGACGGUGGGACGGAAGGGUUUAAGGGUAAUGCACGUGUUAUAUUGCCAGGACUGACAGCAUGUAUAGAGUGUACACUGGAAUUGUACCCUCCUCAGAUUAACUUUCCCAUGUGCACCAUUGCUUCUAUGCCCAGGCUUCCAGAACAUUGUAUUGAAUAUGUCAGAGUUUUGCAGUGGCCAAAAGAGAACCCACUUGGAGAGGGCGUUGCACUGGAUGGUGAUGAUCCAGAGCAUAUCCAGUGGGUCUUUCAGAAAUCACUUGAAAGAGCUGCUCAAUUUAACAUAACGGGUAUAACAUAUAGGCUCACUCAAGGUGUUAUUAAAAGAAUUAUCCCUGCAGUAGCAUCUACCAAUGCAGUAAUUGCAGCUGUAUGUGCAACUGAAGUCUUCAAAAUUGCAUCAAGUGCAUAUAUUCCUCUGAAUAACUACUUGGUCUUCAAUGAUGUUGACGGCCUCUACACGUACACAUUUGAAGCAGAACGCAAGGAAAACUGUCCUGCCUGCAGCCAGGUACCUCAGGAUCUACAAUUUUCACCAUCUGCAAAACUUCAAGAGCUCCUAGAUUACUUGACUCAAAGUGCUUCACUACAAAUGAAAUCUCCAGCUAUCACUGCAACUUUAGAUGGAAAGAAUAAAACACUCUAUUUACAAACUAUAGCAUCAAUUGAAGAAAGGACUAGACCAAAUCUUUCAAAAACUCUGAAAGAGUUAGGCCUUACAAAUGGGCAGGAAUUGGCAGUGGCUGAUAUAACAACACCUCAAACAGUGAUUUUCAAACUCCAUUUCACAACUUGACUGAUUUUGAAAACAUUCUGAACAAAUUAUACAGAAAUGCUUUUAGGAAAAGUAUUGAUCUGUUUCUCAGUAUACUAGACUUUGUCACUUUCUAACAGACUUGGAUUUGAACAUAAAUACAUUUGCUGGUAUCACAUCAGGCCAUAAAUUGCUGAGGGUGCAUUGUCUAUAUAUUAUGUUUGAAUUGCGAAAUGAACUGAGUCACCAAUAUAAAGAUAGUAAGAAUGGCAUCUAAAGGAAACUGGCGCAUGUCAUUCCUUUUCUUAAUUUCAUGCAUUGUAAUUAUUGAGUUAAGAUUGUUUUUAAGACAGCAAGAGAUCAUAUUGUGUUUCAAAAUAAUUAUUUUUGUCAAAUUUUCAAGUAAGAUUUUGUUCUGUUACAAUUCACAUUUUAUAUAUUUAUUGAAUGGAGUAUUAGCUUGAACAAAUAUGUCUGGUUUAUUUAAACUUGCAUUGCCUAAUGUCCUUAGUUAAUUAAUUUGAAAACUUGACUUGCAUUUCAAAACUAGAAAGUUAUCCAGAUGCCACACAUUACAAUUUUUGGUUAUGAAUUUUUUUACAAAGCUGUAAAGAUUGCGACAAAAAUGAUUUUCCUUGUGAUAUGCAGUACAAUGAAGCACCAUAUCAGAAACUGUUAGAACUGAUUUUUUAAAAAUUCUGAAAUGUACAGUAUCUUUCAUCCCUUUGCAAAUACUCCAAAAGAAGUUGAGAAUACAAUAAUAAAAUGAGCAAUAACACUCUUGUACAGGGGUUGUGCAUUAGUCAAUAACAACUUGUAAAGCUCUUUUGGCAUGAUGUGUCCCAGACACUUCAUAGGAGUGCUAUAGAACAGGUAAAUAACAGUGAAGCACAUAGAAAUAAUAGGUCAGGUGUACAAAAGCCUGCUCAAGGUAUUAGAAUUAAAGGAGUAUCUCAAAGGUGAGAGCAAGUUACAGAGUCAGAGAGAUGUAGGUAUUGAAUUUCAGUGCUUACAAUUGAAGUACCCGAAGGCUCGGCCAUCAAUAAGGCAAGCGGUUAAAUUCAUGCAGAUCAGCAUUCUAUAUCUCCUGAGAUGUUUGAAGCAGGAGAAGAUGAGAGAUUGGAAGGGGGUAAGGCCUUAGAGGGAUUUGUCAACAAAGAUAAGAAUUUUAAAAUCAAGAAAUGGGUUUAACUGGGACCCAAUGUAGAUCAACCAUCCAAGGGCUGGGUGAUAGAAGGGCAAGGUUUGCUGCAAAAAGAUAGUGGUGGGAUUUUGGAUGGCCUCAAGAUUAUAGAGCAUAGAAUGUGGGAGACCAGCAGGAGAGCAUUGGAGUAGUCUAGUCUAAAGGUAGUAAAAUAUAAAUGAUUGUUUCAGAAGUAAAGGGUCAGUGGAAUUCACUACAUCAGAAUAUGGUUGAUGUGACAUUGAGUAAAUUUAAGAAGGGGACAUAGAUUUUUAAUUAAUAGGUUGAAGUGUUAUGGAGAGCAGCAGGAAAGUGGAGUUGACGCCAAGAUGAAAUCAUCCGUGAUCAUAUCAAAUGGUGGAGUGGGCUCCACAGUCUGAAUUGCUUACUCCUGCAUCCUGUUCUUAUGUUCAAAUGAGCCAGGACAGGGGCUGUUGAGCAAUGCGGUGGGUGUGGACAAUCUUAGUGAUGGCUCAAAUGAGGUCUGAAGCUCACAUUGAUGUCAAAACGAGGUUAAGAACAGAUGGACUUAAUCUCUCAUUCCCUGUAAAGGGAAUGGAGUUGGCAGCUGGGCAGUUUGUUGUGUUGACCAAAAACAGUAGCUUUUGUCUUGGCAUUAUUUAGUUGGAGAAAUGAUUUCACUCAGACUCACUCUGAUCAUUUAGCAACAGUGAAUUAGGUGUUAGUGCUGUAGGGUGUCAUCAGCAAACAUAUGAGAACUAACAGUAACCCCUGAGAAAAUAUGCAGAUGAAACAAGUAGGGCUAAAGAGAGAACCUGAGGCAUCACGAGUGAUAACGUGCAUUAAUUGGGAUAGAAUCCAUUUCUGAGAGCAAUGGUCAGCUAUAUGAGCAGACCCACCCUGUUGCAUCACCACGGAGAAGCAUUGGAGGAAAAUUGUGGGACCAGUUGUCACGAGUUACUGUAAGUCAGGAAUAAUGAGGAAAGUUUACCUUUGUCACAGUCAAGUAGGAUGUUAUUUGUAAACUUUGAUCAGAGGUGCGUAGGCACAAUGAGCAGAAACCUGAUGUGAGCGAUUCAAACAUGGGGCUUCAGAAAAGAUAGCAAAACUGAUUUGCAGGGUCACAGCACUUUGCUUGGAAAGGACAAUUGGAAAUGAGAUGGUAGGUUGCAUAUAUAGUGGGUUGAAGGUUUUUUUUAAAGAAAUGGAUUAUGGUGGCUAAUUUAAAGGAGACACCAACAGUGCUGGAGUUGUGAGAUCACGUUAGUGAGAAUGAGGUUGAUGGAAUAGGAAAUGGUUCUCAUGAGCAUAGUUAAGACAAGUGGGGAAAUUGGCUCAAAUUUGAGUUUCUUGCCUAAGGAAGGGAAGGUAUGUGACAGGCAUUUGCUUGGAUUACUUUGAUCCAAGUCCAUGAGCUCUUCACACUUGGUGGGCGGGGGGGUGGAAGGGGAGGAGGAGAGAGAAAGGGAGGGGAGGAUAGUAUAGAGAGGUGAUGGUACUUAAGCAUUCUCCACUUGCACAUUUUACCUUGCCAACAGUGCACUUGCAGCAUUGCCUAUUUUUUUUCAAUUUGAAUCACCAGAAGUGUCAAAGUGCACAAGGCUAUGAGUCGAAUGAUGGAAAAUGGACUCGAAUAAAUAGGAGGUUAAUGACCAGCAUAUGUGCAAUGUGCUGAAGGGCCUCUUUCCAUACUGUAAAACCAAGUCAGGUACUGUGCAACCUGUAUUUCAGUCUAAACUGUAAGUCUCAGCGUCCAGUUUGACUGUGAAGGGAUCAAUGUUAUCGUAACAUCCAUACAUAAUGCACAGUGUUGCAACAAUAGCUGGUGCGUAAUCAGAAGUUGGGAACUUUAUUCACUGGUCUACAUUAUCUGAAGAUUUGCAAAAUCUUCCCCAUUUCUGACUUUGUAAGGGGCCAAGAUCAUUAACGAAGCAAAAUAAAAACUUAGAGAACUGCGGAUGCUUUAAAUCAGGAACAAAACAAAGUUGCUGGAAAAGCUCAGCAGGUCUGGCAGAAACUGUGAAGGAAGUAAGAGUUAACCUUUCCGGUCCAGUGACCCUUCCUCAGAACUUGUCAUUAAUCAACCAGCUAAAGAUGUUUGGUGAUAGGACAUAACAUUGAAUGUAUUCGGGAGGUAUUGGUAUCAACAAUGAAAGGAGCGGCAUGGUGGCUCGGUGGUUAGUACUGCUGCCUGACAGCUCUAGAGACCCAGGCGCAUUUCCACACUCAGGCAACUGUGGAGUUUGCACAUUCUUGCCCUGUCUCUCUGGUUUCCUCCCGUGUUCUGGUUUCUCCCCCCCCCUCAGUUCAUAGAUGUGCAGGUUUGUUGGAUUGGCCAUGCUAAAUUGCCCAUAGUGUUCAGGAAUGUGUAGAUUAAGUGGGUUAUAGGGGAAUGGGUCUGGUGGGUUGCUCUGAGGGUCAAUGUGGACUUGUUGGGCUGAAGGGCCUGUUUCCACACUGUAGGGAUUCUAUGAUCUAUUUCCUGUGGUAAUGAAUUCCACAGGCUCACCACUCUGCAUGAAGAAAUGUCUCCUCAUCUACAUCCUAAAUUGUCUGCCCCAAAUUCUGAUACUGUGACCCUAGCUCUGAACACACCUUCCUUUGGCAAUAUCCUUCUGUGUCAAUCCUGUCUAGUUCUCUUCGAAUUUUAUAAGUCUGUCUGAGAUUCCCCUUCAUUUGUCUAAAUUCCAGUGGAAACAAUCCUAGCCUAGCCAAUCUCUCCUUUAUACAUUAGUCCUGCCAUCCCAAGAAUCAGCCUGGUAAGCCUUUGCUGUACUCCCUCGAACAGGGACAUCCUUCCUCCGAAAAGGAGACGAAAACCUCACUAUAUUCUUGAUGUGGACUCACCAAGGCCCUGUAUAACUGCAGCAAUGCCUCCCUGCUCCUGUACUCAAAGUCUCUUGCAAUGAAGGUCAGUGUACGAUUUGCCUUUUUUACCGCCUCCUGCUCUGACACACUUGCCCUCAACGACUGGUGCAUAAGGACACUCAGGACCUGCUGUACACUGCACACUCCCCUGUCCCCUCUCCUAAAUUAUGGCCAUUCAGGUAGUAAUUGGCUGCCUUGUUUUUGGCUCCAAUAACCUCACAUUUAUCCAAAUUAUACUGUACUUGCCAUUGAUUUGCCUGCUCACCCAAGCUGUCCAGAUCAUGCUGAAGGAUCUCUGCAUCCUCAUCGCAGUUCACCCUCCCAACCACCUUGGUAUCAUCUGCAAACUUGGAGAUGUUAUAUUUUGCUGUCUCAUCCCAAUCAUUAACAUAUGUUGUGAAUAGCUGGGGUCUGUACAGGAUGCUGAAGGGCUAAAAGUUAAUUAUGAUAUUUGACAGCUGCGUGAGAAGAUAAAUUGUACAGAGUAGGCUGAAUGGCUAAAAUUGUUGAUGAUACUCAACAAGCUGCAAGACCUUGGAUGUGUCUUGUUAAUAUUCCUUUAUGGGCCAAAGAUGACACCUGCAACUUGUUUUUCUGUAGCUGUGUUUUUGUAUCUGCUUUCUUUGUGCUGGCUGUCUGUUACACUAUAUAAGAGAAAGUUUUAUCCCAAAUCAUGGGACUUCACCUUGGCUCAGCCGUGAACAGUGCCAGGAAUGAACCUCAGCCUCCAGACCAGCCAUUGAUUGAGGUGCCCCCAAUGGGCAGGAGGGCUUGUGAGACUUGUUGCUUUUUCUAGAAGGCUGUGUUACUUUUUCUUCUUUUCUCUUCUACUACUAUUACCACUAUACUCAUUUAUUAUUACUUAAUAAACAUUCAUAUUUAAGCAAA